CAUUGUUCUUAUUUGUAAAGUGGAUGUUGCUAAUUGUAAUCAAGAUUGUCUGUAUAAAGGCAAGGGUGUCGAUCCACGUCAUAAAUAAUCUGAUAUCGUUGGAUGAAAUUUCAGUCGCUAUUCCCUGUCCCAUUGAAAUUGUUGAUUGAACUACUGUCAUCGCUGGUUCUUCUCUUCUGACGCACUGCAAUUGAACGAAAACGUUUUAAAGAGAUAUUAUUCCACAAAAACAUUCUUGUCGCAUUUCAUCGAUUUCUUUUCUCAAGUUGAACACGAACUGAAACGACUACUAGUCACAUCACAAGUUUCUAUCUCGUCUUGAAGCAAGAUGGCAUGUCUUCGUUAUAUCGCCGUCUUGGUAAUUAUUGCGUUUUUUCCCAACAGCAAAGCAAAUCCAGUCAAUCGUUGCCUUAGUAACCAAUUUUUAUGUGCUGACAACAAUUUAUGUAUUCCAAAUACCUGGAAAUGUGAUGGAACGGGGGAUUGCCUUGACUCUUCCGAUGAACAGAGCUGUGCUGUUAAAUCUGGUUGCGGGUCAUCGUCGUUAUUUAAUUGUGAAAAUGGAAAGUGUAUUUUAUCAUCGUGGUUAUGUGAUGGAGAAAAUGAUUGCAAUGAUAACUCGGAUGAAAUAGAAGAAUUAUGUGGUAAAAAAGAAAAUUGUACUGGAUUUACAUGUGACAAUGGAAAAUGCUUAUCUUCGACGUGGAUGUGUGACAAUUAUGAUGAUUGUGGUGACAAUUCAGAUGAACGAUUAUGUGGUUCUACUUCUUUACAAAAUGUUCCUACGACUGAAAGAUCAACUACAACCACUACAACAAGAGUUGAAACAACAACGACUACAGUUCAGUCUUCAAGAUGUAUGUCUAGUGAAUUUGAAUGCAGUAUUCAAAGUAGUUGUAUUCCCAAGGAAUGGAAAUGUGACGGAAGUCCUGACUGUACAGAUGAAACAGAUGAGAAAGACUGUGGCGGCUCAAGUACCCUGCAAGCAGACUCCAGCUUAUCUCGUUGCUCGUCAUCGUUAUUCUCCUGUGAUAGCAAAUGUAUUCCAUUGUUGUGGAAAUGUGAUAAUGAGAAUGACUGUAAUGAUGGAACAGAUGAAGCAUUUUGCAAUAAGUCAACAACAUCUAACAAACUCGUCAACCACACUCUAUUCAAAAUAACAACCACACCAACAACAGAAAAAAUGCCAACAUCAUCUCUUUGUUUCUCAACGGACUUUGAAUGUUCUUUGGAGAAAAGAUGCAUUCCAGAGAGUUCAUGCGAUGGAAAGGAAGAUUGUAAUGAUGGGUCGGAUGAAUCGAACUGUUCAGCUCGCGUCGCUACCACAUCAAUGUAUGUAAGAGCUCUUGCGGAGGCAAAAAAUGUAUCCACCAUGCCGACUGUUGUUUGUUCUGAGGGUAAAUUCCUCUGCAGUUCUGGUUUAACUUGUACAUUUGAUGCUUGGCGUUGUGAUGGUGAUGAAGACUGUGAUGAUGGAUCUGAUGAACAAAACUGUGAUGUUCAACAGACAACCCAGAGCUCUGGAUCUUCAUGUGGUGAAGGAUAUUUUACAUGUGAAACGUCAAGACGUUGUAUUGUCAAUCAAUGGCUUUGUGAUAAUGAAAGAGAUUGUCUUGAUGGCAGCGAUGAGCAUGGAUGUGCUCUAGCGAUUUCUAUUUAUGCGACUGCUGGAACGAAAAUUGUGAAGCUUUCUGAAGAUUUAAGCUCGUCUGAAACUGUUAUUUCAAGACUCGCUGGCGCUGUGGCUAUCGAUGUUGACGUUCAAACACGAGCAAUUUACUUCAGUGACGUGAGACGAAAACAAAUCAAGAAAACAUAUCUAAAUGGAGGUGAUGAAGAAGUGAUAAUAUCCCGAGAUAUUGGUAUUGUUGAAGGUAUUGCUGUUGAUUGGGUUUCAAGAAAAUUAUACUGGACUGAUUGCUUGGCCUCGACUAUUGACGUCUCCGAAUUACGAGGGAACAAUCGCAAAACGCUGGUUUCAAAAGGAUUGAGUUAUCCUCGUGCCAUCGUUGCGCAUCCUUCGGGUUAUAUUUUCUGGACCGAAUGGGGUGGUCAUCCCAAAAUAUCACGCAUAAGUAGUGAUGGCAGACCUGCAACGAGAAAAAUCUUAAUCGAUUUGGACAUUGCCUGGCCAAAUGCCCUCACCAUUGAUCAUCAGAAUGAACAACUAUGGUGGGCUGAUGCGAAGUUGAAUAAAAUAGAGCGGUGUGGCCUUGAUGGUACAAAUAGAGAAGUAAUCAAACGUAAUGUUGGAUUGCCAUUCUCUCUAGCUGUUAGCUCAAGAUUUCUUUAUUUAUCCAACUGGGGCAAUGGCAAAGUAGAAAGAAUGGAAAAAGGAUCUUGGAAUAUAAACAAAGUAACAUCUCCAGCUUUUUCGCAAAAAGUUAGUGGAAUCACUUUAAUCAAUGGAGAAACGCAAAAGUCAGUUAAUACUGAAUGUUCAAACAACAAUGGCGGUUGUAGUCAUCUAUGUGUUUUAUCAAGUGGAGGAACGUAUUCAUGUCUUUGUCCAGAUAACUUACGGCUCCAUCAUGAUAAACGCACAUGCGUAUCAAGAAUUGGGGUUUCUUGCUCGAUUGAACAAUUUCGUUGUGAUGACAACAUUUGUAUCAAUGCAUCAAAGCAGUGUGACGGUACACAAGAUUGCGAGGAUGGAACUGACGAACAUUAUUGUUUGACAAAGCCAGCUCGCCUUGUCUUCGGCGACAGACAGCGUUAUCUUGGUUUGUGUAUUUUGCAAGGCAGUAACCAAUGUUCCAGUUUUAAAGCAGUUCAAGAAACUACGUCAAUCAUUGGAUUAGAUGUUGAUGUAAAAAAUAGCAUUAUUUACUGGUCAGACAGUAAUAAAAAUGCAAUCAUGAAAAGUGCUAUAACUACACAGGGCAAUCUACUUUGGACAAGAGUUGUGACUGAUAAAUAUGUUUUUACACCACAAGGCUUGGCAUUUGAUUGGGUAACCAACAAGAUUUACUGGGCAGAUCGUUUUUCUAGAAAGAUUGAAGUUAUUGAUACUGAAGGAACCAAUCGCUACACUAUUGUUGACGAUAAUUUGCGCAAACCUCGUUCAAUUGCUUUGCAUCCGAAAUCGGGAUACUUAUUCUGGACAGACUGGGGUAAACGACCAUAUCUCGCCAAAAUUGCUAUGGACGGCAAUCCAGACACUCGACGCAAAGUUGUAGAGACUGGAAUUGUACAACCAAACUCGGUUACAAUUGAUUACUCGAGGGAUAUUUUGUAUUGGGCGGACUCUGCUUUAGAUAAAAUAGAGAGAAUGGACGUAAACGGUGGAUCACGUAUACUUUUUCUACGGAAACAACUCGUUUAUCAUCCAUUUGCUCUAACUUUUUAUAAACAUUACUUGUAUUGGUCAGAUUGGCAUCUUCAGGGAAUUUUAAGAGUUGGUAUGAAUAAGCGACAAGAUUCAAUCGUUAAGAAACCAAUAUCUCACGCCAUGGAGUUUGCAAUUUUUGAUAAAAAUCGUCAGCAAGCUAUCGCUAAUCCGUGUGCUCUAUUCAAUGGUGGAUGCAGUCAUAUCUGCUUAAUUAAUCCAAUUUCUGGGUUCAGAAGAAGCUGUAAAUGUCCCAAAACUAUGAGUCUCAGGAAGGAUAAAAAGUCAUGCGAAUCUUUAUAUCGUCCAAAUGAUAAUCGAUACAUCAGAACAAAUUCCCUCUAUGACAUCGGUUUGCUAUAAAACCUAAAUUCUGCAUUGCUUCAUUGUUGAUAAAAAGAGUCAAAAGCUAUACGUUACACUUUUGCCAGUGUUAUUAUUUUACAUGUAUAAAGGAAUAACUGGGGUGAGAGAUGUGUAAAAUAGAAAUCUGACUGAAAGAAUAUCAACAACUAAAGACAUAUGUCUCUGCUACUGCAGUAAAAACUGAUAUAUUUGUAAAUUUAAUAUGUAUUUUCAUGGUAUUAGCUAUCAAAUAGUUUUUGUGUUUUGUGAAGCAAAUUUUCACCACAUAUAAUUGCUGGGGCUUAAGGUGAUACUUUUACAAGUAUCUGGCUGUUAUUUGUACAAACAUGUAGCUGUUACUAGAGGGUGUUUUCUAUCCAAUCAAUUUUAGUUUUCAUUUAAACGUCACAAUCUGUGUUUAGCUUAGACUCUUAAAACGAGUUUAUGUUUGAAAGACAGUUUCAUAACGUUUUUGAAACUAUUUGAUUUUUGUUUACGUAUUCAUCUCGUGCACAUCUAAUGACGUCACAUUGGGCCUCAUAAAUUCUUUGGCAAACAAUACAAUUUUGUAAAUAAACAAUUUAUGCCAUUGCUUAGGGUUGAAUUAUUCUUUCCGUGUUGAUAGUAAGAAGUGGUGAAAAAUUUUGUUUCAUUUACGCACUUUAAAACCUCAAUAAAAAAACAAUAUAUAGAGCAAAGAUUAUUUAUGUAUAUAGAAAUCAAGUUGGCUGUAUUAUCCUAAUGUUACCAAUAAAUAUUCAUUAUGUUUUUAAACCAUAAAAUGUCUCAAGCAUUAUGAAAUAUUUUAGUUGUUUCGCGACAGUAAACAACGAAUGUCUCAACAAUGUUUUUUGUUGCUCCUUGGAAGAUCAAGAAAUUGUCAUUUCGACAUUUUGAUUUUAUAAAUGCCAUUACCAGGAUGCAAGCUUGAACUUUGUGAAUAUUAGUAUGUUAUGAAGCAAUAAUUUAAAUACAGUUCAAUAAUUCAAA